AUGGAUAAUAAUACUGUGUGUUCCAGAAAUAUGGCGGAGAAUUUAGCGAGUCCAGCAGGCAAGGGUCCCACACUGCAGUUGAAGACACAGGCACCGCAGACGAGUAACCAAGCUGAAGAACUAACGGUCGGGAGGUUCGAAAUGUACUGGGAGAGGUACAACGCACCGUGCGUCAGCAAUCACACCGAAGCCCGCCAAAGGAAGAUGAUCAAAUGGACACGGAUACUAACACAGAUGAGAAGGAAUUCGAUGAUGACAGCAAGCCAGACUGGAGCGCCUUACGGUCUACCCUGGAGGCAGCGUUUGGAGAAAUUGGAAGGACAAGCAGUCAGCACAUCAGGUCAGGAAGUUCCAAAGUUUAUAGCUUUGAUGCAGGCGAAUGCGUGCAUAGGUCCUGGGUUACUCAAGGGGUCUAGGUCGGAAAAUUUUGAUGGGUUUAUGCGAAGAUUUGAAAGGAAAUAUAGGACGGUCAUUAUGGAUGAGCAAAUUCUAAUCGAUGAUGAUGACCAUUUGGAUGGUAGGGCCAAGAGUGUAUUUUGA